UCUUGAGGAACACACACACACACACAGAUGUUCAUUACAGCUGAGAACACCGGGAGCAGUCCGACAGGUCAGGAGAAAUGAAUGGACAAAUACUUUGGGAACCAGCGCUGUGAAAGUCUAUAGAUUAUGAAUAAUAAACUCGGUCACCUAUUCGUCCGAACGCAUCCAGCGCCGUCUGUAUGAGCUUCUCUCCGUCCUCCACUGAAUCUGUGAGGUGAGGAGACAGGAUCAGGAUCUACAUCAGGAGUCAGGACAGGAUUCAUGAGGUUGGUGGUUUCCGUCAGUGUUUGUGUGCGGACUGCGCAUGCGCGUGUUCACCGGGACGAGCUGCUCGAGAUUCUUCUGCAUCUCUGUAAGAAAACAUGCGAACAUUAACAUGUGUGAUCGCCAUGAGAGGACUGGCUGCACAGCACAGGUUCGGGUGACCGGGUCCGGGUCCGGUUCGGGUUCCGAGGAUGUCCGGGAGCGCGGACGCGGACGGAGGCGUCAAUAAAGUUCGAGUCAAACGACAGAUCAGGGGCAUCGUGAAGGAUCUGGAGAACAUCUUAGGAGACCUGAAGGAUGUGGCGAAGGAGCUCAAAGAGGUGGUUCAGGAGAUCGACUGCCUGACGUCGGAUCUGCAUCUGGAAGAGGAGCUGACGGACAGUUCGAAGACCGACACGCUGAACAGCAGCUCCAGCAGCACCACCGCCUCCAGCGUCAAGAUCUACCCCGAGGAGACGGUGCCGGUGUCUCCCGCUGUCCUGGCGGCCCCGAAGAGACCCGGUCCGGCGGCCCGGUCCACGGCUAACGGGACGCUGAUGAGGAACGGAGUCGCUAGCAGAGAGAAGCCUCCCGCGAGCCGCUGUCCUCAGACCACGAGGGAACGGGUCCGCUUCAGCGAGAAGGUCCAGUAUCACGGGUACUGCCCGGACUGUGAUCUGCAGUACGACAUGAACAGCACGGACCUGCACUUACACGCGGAACUGAUGGACCCCGCGCCGAGUCCCGUCCAUCAGAACCGCGCGUUCCCCUCGCAGAAACCACAGAAGACCAUCUUACGCAAGUCCACCAGCACCACCGUUUGACGCAGACCGAGUCCAGAACAACUGAGUUUGCACUUUUCUUCAUGGUUUUCUUUUGUUUGGAGAGCAGCGGACGGAGAGACGAGAGAAACACACAUCUCCAACGGCGUCUCGUACGCUGAUCAUCUUCACUUCAUUGCGUGGCGUUCAGCGAGCGCUGGGUUUCUGACAGAAGCGAGCCGGAGGACAGAGCGUCGGAGGAAGAGGACUCAGAUGAGAACACUCCCUCUCCUCAGAGCCGCUCCGAGAGCCUUUAACAAGAGCCGUGAGACUGAUGGAGCCAUGCUAGUCCAGAAAACCAAAGGAGUGUGUGUGUGUGUGAUGUCCAGCCGGAUCGGAGUGUGUAACGUGGACUGGAGUGUGUGUGUGUGUGUGUGUGUGUGUGUGUGAGAUGUCCAGCCGGAUCGGAGUGUGUAACGCGGCUCACGACGCUGCCAUUAGAACAUCACAACUGAGGUUUCAGUUCGUAAAGACCUUAUUUGUGUUUUUGUAAAGAAAACCUUCAAAUAUAAAAAGCAUAUUUUUGAUAUUUAAUAAAAUGAUUUUAAAGA